AUGUCCCUGCUGAAAUCCCCCGUCGCCUCAUCGGCGAAAAGCACAGCGCCGUCGCCUACCCGGAAACCGGAUGGGAUACACCUUGACAAAAGGCACUUGCCGCGAGUGGCCACCCUGCAGCGCAUUUACAAAUAUGCCAAGAAAAGCAGCUUUGUCGUCCUGGGAUCUCCACCGUCCACAGGCAAAACCUCACUGUUGGAGCUCCUUCAUAACUCUCUUGAACUGAAGGAAGCUAACGUGAUCCGAUAUCCCAUUCGAUCCGAUGAUCCGGUGGAGCUUAUCAAGGAUCUUGCCGAUAAAGGAAUCACCAAGGAUAGAAAUGCUUUGAAGAAAUUGAAGAAUACAUGGUUGCUCAUUGACGAUGCUCAGAACGCCUAUGAUAAGAAAUUCAACAAAUUUUGGGAGAUUGUUGUGAAGGACGGUAGCGCCGCUUCUUCAAAAGGCCUGUUUGUGGUGAUUGCCCGUGUCGCCCGUGCAUUUUGGGACAUUGAAGCACGUUAA